AUGGCUGGCCUGAUGAAUUGGAGGGCUGCACCUGGCACCAAUCCUGGCGAUGGCCACACAAUCGACACGGGUGCACGGUUUGGGACUCCUACUCCUAAUAAUAAUGCUAAUGGUGGUGCCACACAGUCCAACUCGGCCCAAGAUCAGGAGGAGGAAGAGGACGAUGACAACGGCGACAACAGCGACAACAGCAGCGAUGAAGAUGGUGACAGCGACGGCGAUGAAGAGGAACAAGAUGAUGGUGGCGAUGUUGGUGCCAAUGCCAAUGAUGACGAUGAUGAAAGAGUAGGAGGCGACGCCGCAGCCACUACACCCACCAUUGCACAAGGUGCAGGAAGUGUGAGAGGCGCUGGAGCAGGAGGUGCGAGAGGCGUGGGAGUGGGAGGAGUGGCAGCUGCAAGAGGAGCAGGAGGUGCAAGAGGUGCAAGAGGUGCAAGAGGCAUGGGAGCAGGAGGAACGAGGGGAGCAGGAGGAAUGAGGGGAGUGGCAGCCGCAGCCGCAAGAGGAGCAGGAGGUGCAAGAGGUGCAAGAGGAUUUGCUAGGGGGGGCGCCUCAGACCAGCUACCCAUGGCCCAAGGCCGGGCUUUGAAAGGCAGGUCAUGCCCAAUAUCUUGUGGUGUAGGUGACACAAUGGAUAUUGACAAUGAUGUUAUUGUACCUCCCGGGGAAUCGCGUGUGGUUCACAGUCAAAGUCAGGCCAUUGACACCGGAGUUAUCCCCCUGUAUGCUAACUCAUCGGUGGACAGAGGGAUUACCUACACAUUGUCAGCCGAUCCCAGGUCUGAGGCAUUGGCCCUGGAGGUGUUUUCACUGAUGCAAGAUGAUGGUGCCAUGGCUAAAUGCAGCAGUUGCUUGGAUUUUGGCCAGUUAAAGAAAUGUGAACGACAAGGCUGUACUUAUGCGCUGUGCUUCUGGAAGUCAAAUAUGCAGCCCUGUUACUCGGUGGUUGCACAAGGUGCCUAUAUUGCUGACAAAAUUUACACCCGCCGCCCCCUGGUAUUUCACACAAUUGCCCUGGAACUUGACACAUACCCCGAAAGGACCUGUGUCCGCGAUGCCCUGGCCUUGGUGAAAGCCAAAUCAGAGGCUGAUUUUCUGAUUCUCAUAGACACACACAGCGAUUACGAGAAUGGAGAGCUGGUCCAUAGUGUCGACAAACAUGGAAAUGUCUGGACUCAGGAUGCUUCGGAGGUGUUCUGUCACCACUUUGGCCCCGAAUUGUGGAAGUGGUCCUUGGAUAUGACCGGCAUCAAAGGAAUGAUCCUGCUGGCCUGUGGUCCGGCAUUCACGCAGCCAUCACAUUUUGAAAAAAUCAAGUCACUGGUCUCCAGCAAGCACCUGCAGUUCAUCAUCAGAUUCACUGCCCAUUCAGUUCAACCAUCAGUGGUCAUGCCCUUCAUGCUACAGAUGAUCAUAGAGGUCUACAUUCACCAAAAGCCUGUUCAGCUGGCCCUUGAGCAGGAGAUCGCUAACUGGAUGCUGUUGUCCCAUACUCCUGUGGUGUUGGUUUGCUGGAAUACAGAAGGGUGUCUGGUUAGCCAAAGAUAUAUGGCUUCCACUCCCUUUGGCUGCGUGUGGGGCCUUUCCCCUCGAUGUGGCAAUCAACUGUGCAAUCCCAAGCCUGGGGACAUCAACGCCAAAUGA